AUGCGCUUGCCAGCAUAUCGCUUCAAAAGGGAGGUCCCUGAGGACUUGGAGCCGAUACCGGUGGCGAUUAUUGGAAGACCCAAUGUGGGGAAGUCCACCCUCUUCAAUCGCUUGCAGUCUGGUACGCGCAAGCAGAAAAAGAAGAAUCCAGUUGACCACAAGGCAAUUGUUAGCAACCGAGCAGGAACCACCCGCGACCGAAAGGAUGCGCUGGCUGUUUUUGGUGGGAUGCUGCUGCGAGUUAUUGAUACUGGGGGGUUGGAGACGCCCAACGAGACAUUGAAAAGCACCCUACUGCAAAGUAUGCAAGAGCAAGUUUGGAAAGCCAUUGCCGAGGCGCAGGCAAUUCUCUUUGUUAUUGAUGCGCAGGAAGGAGUCACCCCGACAGAUGUGCAUAUCGCGCAGAUGCUGCGAGAGGGUGCUGGCAAUGCUGACAAGUACCGGGAAUUGUUCAAGACCAACACACCCAAAGAGGUGCCGAUCAUUCUCAUUGCGAACAAGGCGGAGAACGCCUUCAUUGGACCAUACUUAAAUGACUGCUAUGAAUUGGGCGUGGGAGAUCCAGUGAUAAUGUCUGCAAAGCAGAACCAGGGCACUGAGGAGUUGUAUGACCGGCUGUUCUUAGAAGUUGGACAUCUUCAGCAAAAAGAAGAGGAGAUCAAUCCUGGGACUGCAUUCAUGGACACGGGUGAUCCCAUGCUCUUAGAGGACGAGGAGGAAGAGCCAGGAGAGGAGGAUGAGGUGGAUGAAGAUGAAGAAGCAGAUGAGCAACCUUCAGGGCCGACGCUUCCUUGGUUGUCCCUCGAGAUGUCGGAAGCACAGAGGACCUCUCUGAGGUACUUGGCACACCACCCCGCUGAUCCACUGGGAGAUCUUGACCCAGGAUUAAAAGCUGCGGUGAUGCACGAGCACCCUGGGAAGUGGUGGCUGAAUGCUCCUCAGCGUGCUCUUCCAACGAAAGAGGCGAGGGACUACGUGCUUCGGCACCGCCGGGCCGAGGAGAUGGAGAAUGCCAUGAAGAUUGCCCUGGUUGGACGGCCAAGUUCUGGAAAGUCAAGUAUCAUCAAUGCACUGCUCCAGGAGGAAAGAUGCAUCGUGGAUGAGACCGAUGGUACAACGAUGGACUCCAUUGUCACCGAUUGGUGCUUCAAAGAGCAGCCUAUCAAGCUCAUUGACACGUGUGGACUCCACAAGAACUUCAGUUAUCCCGGCAUUCGCUCCCCAGAGUUUAUUGAGCCCGGAAUGGGCACGAAGAAAGCCAUUCGCCGUGCGCAUGUGGUUGUUCUAUGCCUUGAUGCUGUUCGUCAUGUCAAAACCACCAACAACUACAACUCCUGCCCAACAAAUUUUGAGGUGAAACUGGGGCAGUAUGUGGUGGACGAAGGGAAGUGUUUGGUCAUUGCUGUUAACAAAUGGGACUUGAUCCAUGAAAAUGACCAAGCAGAAUACAGGGAGACAAUCCUCAAUAGGAUCCACGAGAAGUUCGGAAUUGUAAAAGGCGUUCCUGUCAUUUUCAUGUCAGCCAAGUACAACUUGAACCUUCCGACCUUGAUGACAAGAAGCAUGGCGCUUUAUAAGCGCUGGAGCGCUCGCUUGCCAACGAGCAGGUUGAACACCUGGCUACAGGCUUGGAUGCUCCGCUGGCCACCGCCUUGGCAGAAUGGUCAGAAGUGCAAUGUGAAGUAUGUCACUCAGACUAGGACGCGACCGCCAACCUUCGUGCUUUGGACCAAUUCGACCUAUGGGGAGUUUCCCUGGACCUACCUGCGGCAGCUGCGCAAUGCGAUGCGAGAAGAAUUCCGCAUCAGCCUGGGCACCAAAAUGGGAAUCCGAGGGCACAGGAGGUUUUUUUACAUGGGAAUCUAA